AUGAUCGGAUUGGUUGCUGGUGGCGGACGCAUUGACAAGCCGAUCCUCAAGGCUGGUAGGGCUUAUCAUAAGUAUAAGGCCAAACGAAAUUGCUGGCCCAAAGUUCGUGGAGUUGCGAUGAAUCCAGUUGAACAUCCCCAUGGAGGUGGUAAUCAUCAACACAUUGGCAAACCAUCUACCAUUCGCCGAGAUGCGCCACACGGGCGUAAAGUUGGUCUUAUUGCUGCUAGAAGAACUGGUAGAGUCCGUGGUACUCGUGUUGUUUCGACCAAAGCAGAAAAAGAGUGA